AUGGAUACUGUACAGAUGUUAUUAGCCCUUGCUACACAAAAAGGUUUUGAAAAAUGCCUAUGUGAAUUUACUUUAUAUAUCAAGAAGAGUGGUGAUGAAAUACUUGUGGUGUCUCUUUAUGUUGAUGACCUGCUUGUACAACAAAAGCAAAAUGAAAUUUUUAUAAGCCAACAAAAAUAUGCAAAAGAAGUCCUCAAAAAAUUUAAUAUGGAAGCAUGGAAGCUGACUGCAACUCCAAUGAAUCAAAAGGAAAAGUUUUUGAAAGAAGAUGGAGCUAAAAAAGUUGAUGACAAACUGUAUAGAAGUUUAAUUGGCUGUUUGAUGUACUUGACAGCAACCAAGCCAGACAUCAUGCAUGUUGCGAGUUUGUUAUCAAGAUACAUGAACUGUGCUAGUGAAAUUCAUUUACAAGCAGCAAAAAGAAUUCUGAGAUAUGUAAAAGGCCCGGUUGAUUAUGGCAUAAAAUUCAGUCAAGUUGAAAAUUUCAGUCUCCAUGGUUAUUCGGAUAGCGAUUGGGCUGGAUGUGCUGAUGAUAUGCGUAGUACCUCAGGUUACUGUUCUGGAAUUUUUUCCUGGUAUUCAAAGAAACAAGAAAUCAUUGCAUAA